AGUGGAGCCGCUGGGAGAUCUCCUUCCGCUUUGAGGUGCUGCCGGGUCCCGGAGCCGGACUGCGGCUGGGGCAGGAGGAUCCCGGGCAGUAGCUGACAUGGAGCAGAUGGAGCAGCUGAGGCCUGCACAGCGAGGAAGUGGUAGUGCCCACAUCAUGGACUCGCCUCGACUGGGCCAUGGGGAGCCGCUGACCUUCUGGCCUGGGGUGUGACCAAGGGCUGCCUUGCCGCUGAAGCUCGCCUUCUUCGCCCCAAGGUGGGGGCCCACCAGGAUGAGCAAGCACCCGGGGGAGCUGACCUGUGACUUGGAGCGCAGCCUGCCGGCCGUGGCCUCCCUUGGCUCGUCGCUGUCCCACAGCCAGAGCCUGCCCUCACACCUCCUCCCGCCACCUCCAGAGAAGCGCCGGGCCAUCUCCGAUGUCCGCCGCACCUUCUGUCUCUUUGUCACCUUCGACCUGCUCUUCAUCUCCCUGCUCUGGAUCAUUGAGCUGAACACCAACACGGGCAUCCGGAAGAACCUGGAGCAGGAGAUCAUCCACUACAACUUCAAAACGUCCUUCUUUGACAUCUUUGUGCUGGCCUUCUUCCGCUUCUCUGGACUGCUCCUGGGCUACGCCGUGCUGCGGCUCCGGCACUGGUGGGUGAUUGCGGUCACUACACUGGUGUCCAGUGCAUUCCUCAUUGUCAAGGUCAUCCUCUCUGAGCUGCUCAGCAAGGGGGCAUUCGGGUACCUGCUCCCCAUCGUCUCCUUCGUCCUCGCCUGGCUGGAGACCUGGUUCCUUGACUUCAAGGUCCUGCCCCAGGAGGCCGAGGAGGAGCGAUGGUAUCUGGCCGCCCAGGCUGCUGUCGCCCGCGGACCCCUGCUCUUCCCUGGUGCCCUGUCUGAGGGCCAGUUCUACUCACCUCCAGAGUCCUUUGCAGGGUCUGACAAUGAAUCAGAUGAAGAAGUCUCUGGGAAGAAAAGUUUCUCUGCUCAGGAGCGGGAGUACAUCCUCCAGGGGAAGGAGGCCAUGGCGGUGGUGGACCAGAUCCUGGCCCAGGAGGAAAACUGGAAAUUUGAGAAGAAUAACGAAUAUGGAGACACGGUGUACACCAUUGAGGUUCCCUACCAUGGCAAGACCUUCAUCCUGAAGACCUUCCUGCCAUGCCCUGCGGAGCUGGUGUACCAGGAGGUGAUCCUGCAGCCAGAGAGGAUGGUGCUGUGGAACAAGACGGUGACUGCCUGCCAGAUCCUGCAGCGUGUGGAGGACAACACCCUUAUCUCCUACGACGUGUCCGCAGGGGCUGCAGGCGGCGUGGUCUCCCCCAGGGACUUCGUGAACGUCAGGCGCAUCGAGCGACGCAGAGACCGAUACCUGUCGUCGGGCAUCGCCGCCACGCACUGCGCCAAGCCCCCGACGCACAAAUACGUCAGGGGUGAGAACGGUCCUGGGGGCUUCGUCGUGCUCAAAUCAGCCAGUAACCCCCGAGUCUGCACUUUCAUCUGGAUUCUUAAUACAGAUCUUAAGGGCCGCCUGCCCCGGUACCUCAUCCACCAGAGCCUCGCGGCCACCAUGUUUGAAUUUGCCUUUCACCUGCGACAGCGCAUCGGAGAGCUGGGGGCCCGGGCAUGACGUGUCCCCUUGCCCACCCUGCAGGCCAGGGUCCUGGUGCCACAGUCGCCAGGAGCCAGAGAGGGAGGCCAGCUGGGCUUCCUGCUGGGCACACGGGACUUGGCAUAAAGCACUGGGCAGCAUCUUGGUCCCAGCUGCCACUCCCCACCGAGCCACACUGUGCCUGGGAACCGUGGCCCCGAGCAGUUGGGGCCACGCAGUUAGACUCUGGGGCUGCGGCCAGAGGGAGAGUCUGUCCUGCUGGCAUUUACCUGGUGUCUGUCUCCUGGAGGAGACCAGUGUCCCCUCCCUUGCUGGGGGCAGGGUCUAAGAUGAGUCUCAGACUUGGGUAGAGAGGGCCAGGGCCCUGGGCAGGGCAGGGCAGGGCAGCCUGUCACCAGUGGUUGGUGACGAAGCCCUCUAAUGCCUGUGCUUUUGUCACGGUUUUUUAGGAUUAUUUAAAGGUCUGGGACCUUUUUCCAUAUGCACUUGUUGGGGAGUGGGAGGAGGGCAGGGAGGCCGGGUGCUGGCAGUCAAUUUCUGCCUCUCCCAGGUCCUCCCCAGGGCCUUUUUGAGGACCUUUGUAAUUUGAGCCAAUUAAAAAUAAUGAAUUAAAAAGAAAA